AUGGUAUUGGGUGUUGAGAAAUCACCUAAACAGAAUCAAGAUCAUUAUGCUAUGCUAGGGUUGAGUAGAUUGCGUUACAAGGCAUCUCCCAAAGAAAUUAGGAAAGCUUAUCAGCAACAAGUACUAAUACAUCAUCCUGAUAAGCAGGAAAAUAAAGAAGAUGCAACUUUUAAGUGCAUUCAAAUAGCUUAUGAAAUAUUGGGUAACCCAAAAAAGAGGAAAUCCUAUGACAGUAUAGAUCCCACAUUUAGUGAUGUUGUGCCUUCUGUGUCUACUAAUUCAAAGGAAAAUUUUUAUGACGUUUUUGAACCAGUGUUCAGAGAUAAUUCCAGAUGGUCAACAAUUCAACCUGUUCCUAUGCUUGGAAACUCUGAAGCUUCACUUGUAGAAGUAGAGAAUUUUUAUAAAUUUUGGUAUGAGUUCUCUUCUUGGAGGGAGUUUUCAUUUCUCGAUGAAGAAAACCCAGAGAAAGCUGAAUGUCGUGAGGAGAGGCGUUGGAUGGAGAAACAGAACAAAGCUGCAAGACUUAAAAAGAAAAAAGAAGAAAUGUCUAGAAUACGCCAACUUGUUGAUAAUGCCUAUGCUUGUGAUCCACGAAUAAAAUAUUUCAAAGAGAAAGAAAAGGAAGAGAAGGAAGCACAAAAAAGAGCUAAACAAGAAGCUGCAAAGUCUGAAGCUCUAAAAAAGAAAUUGGAGAGAGAAAAAAAGGAAGAGGAGGAGAGGAAACAGAAAGAAUUAAUGGAAGAAAAACAACGGCAGGUGAUAGCUCAGCAGAAGCAAGAGAAAGAAGCAUACAAAAAAGCUAUCAAGAAGGAGAGAAAGGAACUGAGGGGUUUUUGCAAGGAUAAAGAUUAUUUUGUUCGGUCUGCAGAUGACAAAAUUAAGCUAAUGCAGAUAGUUGAUCAUCUUUGCGAAGUUUUACCAAUUGAUAGGCUACAAAACCUUAACAGAAGCCUAUGUGAUGUAACAAACCUUGAAAAGGGGAGGCAAUUGAUUGAGAAUGAAGCAGCUAUACUUCGAGAAAAGGAUGCAGAAGAGGAACGAAAAGCUUCUGCUGCUAGGGCAAAAGCUAGCUCUGCUCAAGCUAAACCCAGUUGCCAAUGGACUAGGGAUGAGACUCAGCUGUUAAUCAAAGGAGUGACUACAUACCCAGCUGGAACAGCGAGAAGGUGGGAGGUAAUUGCUCAAUUUGUUAAUGAGCAUUCUUCUGAUGCUUGUGAAGAGAAAACAUCGGCACAAGUUAUUGAAAAAGUUAAAUUGCUGCGCAAGUUAGAGAGUGUCAAUAAAGAAGAUGCCUUUUCACUAUUUGAAAAGAAGCAUGCCUCUAAAGAGUCUGUAGCUAGUGCACCUACAGUUAGAGAUGUAUCUGAAGUACCUACGCCUUGGUCUGUACAAGAACAAAAGAUUCUUGAAGAAGCUUUACGCAAGUAUCCUUCAAAUACUCCCCAGAGGUGGGAUAAAAUUGCUGGAGAAGUGAGCUCCAGAACUAAGGAAGAGUGCAUAGCAAGAUUUAAGGAAUUGGUAGCUAGAGUCAAAGCAAAAAAACAAUAAACAAAGCAUUAAUAAUUAUUAUUUACAACAUAAUGUGACUGGUGCUGUCCAAUUAUAGUGAUAUGAUUUUAUUGUUUCUAUUUCAUUCUGACAAAGGUAACCUUUGUCUUUCAAAA